AUGUUGGGGUGCAAUAGUAGGGUGGUCUUAGUGGUGGCGCUACUCAGUUGGGGCACGGGGCGUUCGGCGGUGGACGGAUGCCCGGCGGAGAUGUGCGUGUGCAAGUGGAAAGGUGGCAAACAGUCAGUCGAGUGUGGUGGACGGUUUUUGAAUCGACUGCCGGAAGGUAUGGACCCGGGCACGCAGGUGCUCAACUUCUCCAGCAACAGCCUUACCAUUCUGCAGAGCGAGCGUUUCAAGCGGAUGGAGCUAAUCAACCUGCAGAAGAUCUAUCUGGCACGCAAUCAGAUCGUAAAGAUACACGAUCGCGCUUUCCGUGGGCUCACAAAUCUUGUCGAGCUGGAUCUCUCCGAUAACAUGUUGCCCGAGGUACCGACGGAAACGUUCCAAGACUACUCGGCCCUGAUGCGACUCUCGCUGAGCGGCAAUCCGAUCCGUGCGUUGCGCACGAACGCCUUCAAGCAUCUGUCGUACCUGACGACACUCGAGUUGAGCAACUGUCAUAUUGACCUCGUGGAGGAUGAGGCCUUCAUUGGGAUGGACAACCUCGAAUGGUUGCGGCUCGAUGGAAACCGCAUCACCACCAUUCGAGGAGCGCACGUUCUGCCGGCAUCGUUGCAUGGUAUCAACCUACAGAGCAACCGAUGGCACUGUGAUUGUCAGCUAACGGACGUUCACACCUGGCUGAACAGUUUCAAUGUGCCACAGCGCGAAGAGAUCAAGUGCACGGGUCCGUCCCGGUUGGCGGGCGAGACGGUCAAGUUAUUGGCGCUGGACGACCUAGCAUGUCUGCCGAUCGUUACUCCUGAAACGUCCUACCGCGAGAUUGCCGAGGGACGCAACAUCUCGCUCGACUGUAGGAUAGCGGCCACUCCGGAGCCUACCGUUGCGUGGCUGUUCCAGGGCCAAAUCCUGCUGAAUGAAAGUUUGUUGGCGCCCAAUCUGCACCUUUACUACUACAUCGAUGACGUGGACGGUGAGAAGCACAGCGAGCUGUUCAUCUACAACAUUAACGUCGACGAUAACGGGACGUACUCUUGCGUGGCCGAGAAUUCGGCGGGACGCGUGCAAACAAAUUACACGUUGCAUGUUAUCGUCAAAGAGGAACCGGUCGUCGAGCAGGUCACGUUCUCGGAAGAAUACUUUCUCGUGAUAGUCGGUGCGAGUGCUGCGAUAGGCUUCCUCCUGUUCCUUAUCCUCUGCGUGAUAGUCUGUCGCUGUGCAAGGACUCGACGUUCGACCCUGAAUGCUAAGAAAGGGCCGCGCUCCAACAACGGUUCCGAUGGGCAGUGCGUGGUCGGUACCGCUAACCAGAAGUGCUCUUCGAUCACAAACGAUCUCGGGGAACCUUUGACGGCGGCCAAAAUGAACGGAACGCUCGGGCUGGGUGACGGUGUUAGUGGACCUCAAGACAUUGUGCUGUAUCUCAACACGAAUCCGAAUCAGGUGGAUAAAGUGGUAUUGAACAACAUGACGGCGAUGGCCCAGUUCUGUAGUCCACCAUCGGCGCGAAGCUAUCAGGACCAAAACCCUGACCUUAUUAACGAUGCAGAGAGCGGCCAGAACAAGACGCGUCCCCGGCCGGACACAAUGGACUGCGAUCUAGGCGAGAAGGACUCAGAUGAGCAGAGCAGUGUGCAAGAUGCGAGUAGUGAGGCAAGCUACCAGCAACAGGGCCCCUACUUUCCUCCGGUGGGUUUACGAGGAGCGCGCUUCGUGGCCCCUGGUAUGGCGACGCUCCCUCGAGGAGGCAAUCACUCCAGCAAUCCCACAACCGAUCAGUUACAGCAGCCGCAACAUCAACAACAUCAACAACAAGGUCUUGCGGCUUAUCAACACCAGGUGGACAUUCACCUCAGUCCGGGUUGUUUUCUCGAUCAAAAUGGCUAUCCGAUCGAUCUGAGUAUGAUGGCAGCCCCGAAUGGGCCGACCGUUAAUUACUACCGCACGUUACCGCACAAUCGUGCCAAGGUCGGCCAGGGCAAAGUCAGGUACGCGAACGAUGCAGAGUUCAUCAGCAGGACAUCACAAUCGUACCAGUUGUAUGGCCCCACGGACGUCCGGUACACGGCCGAAGGUUACCCUGGACCACACGCAGUUCUCCAAGCUCAGGAUUCCCAAGCCCAACAGUUCCCAUCGCCCCCCGAUGGGUAUAAAGGCGAUGUACAACCUCUAACCUACAUGAGCGCGACGGCCGCCGCUGCAACUGCUGCUACCGCCUUCUGUGUGGGACAGUCUUCCUCGUUGCCUCCGCAACAAUGGCCCACCUUUCUGCCCGGAUUCCACCCUGGGCAGCUCAUACCGAUCAUGACCGGCCCAGGAACGGCUCCCCCAGACUACAACGCUGUGCCAGGCGUUGGACGUGGUCCAGCUUCUCUUCUUGCAUCCCCGAUGUCGGCACUUGCUAGCCCUGGCGGCGGUGGUGCUGUAGGACAGUUAAAGAAGUGCUCCGUCGGAGCACAAACAUCCGAACUGGACAAGGACGUCAUUCCGGAACAACGAGAAGAGGAAGAGGAAGCCGAGCACGAAAAUGGAGGCACGCAGGUUAAAUUGAGGCAUCUGACUGGUCCGCUGGCGGACAGUCCGGACGAGGGUUAUGUUGGCGAUAGUCACGAAACGAGCGACAUUUGA